AUGCGCGAGCCGCAGCCGUGGUUUUCUCGCGAAGAGCUUGGCCACAUUGUGACAUGGAAGAUGAUGCGCGGGACGUGGCGCCCGCGCAACAAGGCUCUCACCCUCUCCAACGAUGAGCUCGCUGUCCUGGAUGCCACCGUUAAGGGCUGCUUUGCCCUUAAGCGCGUCGCCGACUCGUCCAAGAAAGUCCUCUACGAGUACGAAUACUCUUGUGCCGAUGACGACUCGACGCUUGCUGCCAUCAAGCAAGCCAUCAACUCGGUGGCGGCCUUGUCUGGCAUCGGCCCAGCAUCAGCCUCGGCUGUGCUCUCCGUCUACGCUCCGGACCUGGUCCCGUUUUUGGACUCGCCCAUGGCCAAGGCCAUCACAUCACCGCCGCUCGGCCCGAUCAAGUUCACCACCAAGUACUAUCUCGCUUUUGUCAAACGAGUUCGCACCAAGGCCCGCGUGUUGGAGGCCGCCCGCGCCCUUUGGGUCUACGCCGCCGCUAGCAGCCUUCUCCAUCCCAACUCGCGAGUUCCACGCGCAGAGCUCAAAGACUCCUCCCCGCUCCCUGGCCUUGACUGCACCACAGCCUCGUUGUCUGCCCCGGCUGCUGCUGGCCCAUCGCAGUGA